GAGAAUUAAAAGAAAUAAAUGGUAAACUAUUAAAAAAUAAACGCGGUAAGAUAGACGAAACAAGAAGAGAAAAGUUAAUAGAAUAUAAUAUUAGACUUGAAAACAAUACUUUAUUGGAAGUAAUACAUAAGAAUAAGAAGAAUAAGAAGUAUAACUAUAACACUUCACCUUUGAUUUUAGCUGUAAAAUCAAACCUUACUGAAGUAGCAAAAGCAAUCUUAAGCAUAACAGGUGAAAACCUCGAUAUACAAGAUAAUGAAGGUAUGAAUGUUCUGCACUAUGCUGCUAAAAAUAAUGAUAAAUUCAUAGUAGAUACACUUUUACAAAAAAAACUACAGGUUGAUGUAAAAGACAAAAAAGGAAAAACUGCUUUGCAUCACGCCGCUGAGAAUAAUUGUGAUUCAAUAGUAGAGACACUUCUGCAGCAUGGAGCAAAUAUUAAUGCAUUAGAUAAAGACGGAAGAACUCCUUUGUUUUAUGCUUUAACAAAGAAUCAUUCUACAUUAGCAACCUUUAUAAUGACAAAAGGAGCACUACUUGAGAUCGAAGAUAAAGAUAACAAUGAAGAAACUAUUACAAAUGAGGAGGAAAAAGCAGAAAUUAUUCAGGAUUAUAUUGAUCAGGAUUAUGAUGGUGAGUAUGAAUUAUUCGCAAAUACCUCUCUAGAAACUAGCGAUGCUAUUACUACGAGUGAAGAUGAAGACCCUUUUGAUGAGCAACCUACAACUAGUUAUAAUAGAAAUUUUGAUGAUUCACACAAAUCAUUUGUAGAGAUCCCACUCCCAAAAAGUACCUUAGAGGAAAAUCCUCCUGAUGAGCAAUCUACAGCUUCAAAUGUUACCCAUAGUGAACCGAGAAAGCAUUCUUGGAUGCCUUUGAGAAAAGUGCCAAAAAUAACAUUGCCAUCACAACCUAAUGAAACCAAUGAAGCUAAAGGAACAUAUAAAAUAGUAAUACUUGUAGCUUCUGCUGCUGCCAUUAUUACUGCAUCAAUGCUUACAUAUUUUACUACACUGCCUACACUAUCUAUAAUUGGCAUAGCUUUUGCAUCUGCACUGGUAUUUGGCAGCAUUACUACACUUAAACCUAUGAGUAAAAUGGAUGACACUGACUGCAGUAAAGUGCGUGAUAAAAAUUUAUUUGUUUAGAUAAUAUUUAAGUCUAUACUUUAUUUUAUCUUAUCUUACACAGUCUAUGCAUAGAAUUAUAUGUUUUAUCUUAUUGGUUUUUCUGUCCAUACAGUUACACGCAAAUCUUAUUCAAAAAAGCGAGACUGAACUGUACGAAGAAGCAGUUAAGCUUUUUAAUAAAGAAAAAUAUAAACAAGCUAUUAAAGUUCUGCACAAGAUUGAAGACUUAUAUCCCCUAUCUUAUUGGGCAAUGCAAGCGAAAUUGCUAUCUGGCAUAUCUAGCUAUAACAUGGGUGAUUAUAGUAGUGCUGCAAACAGUAUGGAUGAAUAUAUAUAUAUUUAUCCCAACAGUGCUGACCUAUCGUAUACAUAUUACUUGAGAAUAUUAUCCUACUAUAUGCAAAUUGAUAAGGUACAGCUUGGCCAGCAAACUGCUCAUAAAACUCUGGAACUAGCUGUAGAAUAUACUAAUCUCUUUCCACAAAGUGAAUAUGUAGGUGAUGUAAAAGAAAAAAUAAAACUAGUUACAAAACAUAUAACAGAAAAAGAGUAUGCCAUAGGAAAAUUCUAUUUUAGACGUGGUGAAUAUCUGGCAGCAAUAAAGCGUUUUCAGAACGUGAUAAAUGAUAAAAAUUCUAGUUAUUUAUCUCAAUCUCUUAACUAUUUAGUAACGACUCAUUCAGCUUUUGGCCUUAAAUCAGAGGCUGAACAGUAUGCAAAUAUGUUGACUGACGUUAAAUCUCAGUUGGACUGCCCGUCGGACCCAUAA